CUAAGAUGGCGGUACCCUCUGUGCUUCGCGCGGGGUUGUUCCGGCAGCGAGUUGCCAUCGUGACCGGCGGCGGCAGCGGCAUCGGGGCGGCGGUGACAGCGGAACUUCUGCAACUGGAGUGCAAUGUUGUGAUUGCAUCGCGUCAGGUGGAGAGGUUGACGGAAGCAGCAAAGAGAUUUUCCGCCAACAUUCCCACUUCCAAUCCUGCAAAAGUUACGCCAAUCCAGUGCAACAUUCGUAACGAAAAUGAGGUGAAGCAUUUAAUAAAAAGUGCCUUGGAAUUACACGGGAAAAUUGAUUUCCUCGUGAAUAAUGGAGGUGGUCAGUUCCUGAGUCCGGCUGAAGCCAUCACUGGGAAAGGCUGGAACGCUGUGAUUGAGACCAACCUGACUGGAACAUUCUACUGUUGUAAGGAAGUUUAUAAUCAGUGGAUGAGAGACCACGGAGGGGCAAUCGUCAACAUUGUUGCUGACAUGUGGAAGGGUUUCCCGGGAAUGUCACAUACAGGAGCUGCAAGAGCCGCUGUGGACAAUCUAACCAAGAGUUUAGCCAUUGAAUGGGCUCAUAGUGGUGUGCGGGUCAAUGCUGUUGCUCCUGGAACAAUUUUCUCAGAAACCGCAAUUGCCAACUACGGGGAACUAGGACCAGAAAUAUUCAAAUGCGCCAUCCCAAAGAUACCAGCAAAAAGGCUUGGUGUUCCAGAGGAGGUUUCUUCGGUUGUUUGCUUCCUGCUGUCUCCUGCCGCCUCCUUCCUUUCUGGCGAGACAGUGAAAGUGGACGCUGCACAGAGUCUGUAUCACAGCCCUUGGCAAAUCCCUGACCACGUGCGGUGGCCUUCGCCUCCAGAUACCAGCAACACAACUGCUUUGGCCACUUUCCUUUCCAGGAAAUCAACCUCAAAAUUAUGAAGUAUUUACAGAUUCUUCAUUAUGUGAAUAUCUUUUUGAUAUUAUAAUCAAUUAUUUCACAAUAA